AUGCCUCUUGGACGAGAUCAAGAAAGAAUAGUUGCCACUCAGCUCAACGGGCAUCUGUUGCGCGUUGGCCCCGAUUUGGCUGAUAGUCAGUUUGGAUUCCGACGGGAGCGUUCUACAGUAGAUGCCAUCAUGCGCGUCCGCUUCCUUUCGGAACAAGCAGUAUUCCAGGGUGGUGUGGCGUUGGCGAUAAGUCUCGAUAUCGUCAACGCCUUUAAUUCUCUCGCUGGGGCGCAAUCAGGAGCGCACUGA